UUACAAUUUUUUUGUAAAAUUUCUUUCCUAUAUAUAAAUGAUCCGAUCCUCUAUAUUAGUGCGACUGUGCGAGUGAAAAGGAAGGUGGAAAAAGGCGAAGCAAACCAUGGUGACGCAGGAAGUAAGCGAGUCCACCACCGUCAGGAUCCUCUGCUCUAAAGCAGUAAGCAGCGGAGCCGAGCCGGGCCUCCAUUGGCUAAUCGGAUCUCCAUUUCUCCCGCCUUUCACCGUCGUUUCCGCCUUCAAAUGCAUUCACUUUCAGCCCAACACCAGUUCCCCGGAUUUUGCUAGAGAAUCGGAGGAUAUUCGAACGCUGCUAGUCAAGGGUUUUGAAGUAAUUGGAGCGUUGUUAGUUGGCAGCAGCUCGGAUACUGAAAGUGCAGGCCGUGAAGCUCUUGAUUUUGCCCGUAAACUGAGAAAGCUCCUCUCCGACGAGGGAGAAGCGAAAUCGGCGAAUUGGGAAUUGAUAGGCGCAGUUUCAGGAUCAGCGAAUGGCGAUCUUCGGUUCAUUGUAUGCAAGAAUGGGAACUCGACGAGGAUUGAAGGUAUCAAUUCUGUUGCUUACGAAGAUCACCCUGAGAAUUUCGUUUGGGAGAGCGGUUGUCUCUUACGAUGCGAGCUCCCGAUCAAGUUGCCUUUUUAUGUUCCAGUGGGCAACCAGUCUGGCGCUGAGAAGAUGUUUGGCAAUGCAAUUGAAGCAGUCAUUGGUAAGUUCAAAGAACCACAGGCUGUAUACUGCCUGGAAAUGUUAUGCAAGGACUCUGCAGAAGGGCCCGUGAUUCUUCGUGCUGUGGACUUGGAUUUUAAAGCAGAACUCUCUGUGGUGAAGUCUACGGGUGAUGAAUCAUCGGAAGUUUCUGAUUUGAAAGAUUUGAAAUGUGCGCAUUUCUGUUCAAAGAGUAAAUCCACCCCUUCAACUUUGUCAAUAGAGAAUGCAGAUACAAUCCAAGUGAGUGUGCUACUUAAUAAAUCAGCAAAAUCUCCAAAGGCCAGCGUACCAAUUGCAGAAUAUUUUCCAGCUUUGGAAGAAACAAAACUUCUGGUUGCUGAGUUAAAGCUAGACGUUAUCUGCUAUGCGGCCAAAGAUGUGCCGCUUCAAGUUGCUGUUUCGAAGCUGGUAGUCCCUGCUUUAGUUGACCAGUUGAAUUCAAUGAAGAGAUUAUUUGUUCCGAAUCUUGUAGCACAGCAUCCCCGGCUGUAUCCUUAUCACUUUAAUCCACCAGGGCUGUUGCAUCCAAUAACUGUUAUCUAUGAACUCAAUUAUGGGGAGGAAGAAAUGAAGCAAGUGGACGUCAGAAAAUCUUUGCACUUGAGAUUGGGAUUACCUGUUGAUCGUCCUCUCCUAAGAAUCGCCAAUGCCCUGAAUCUCUCUUCGCUGAAAGAUAAUCCUGCGAGAAACUAUGGGCGGAAAGGCACCAGUAUGCUCAAGGAUGUACACAUUGGGAUUAAUACUAGUGGAGUCUCUGGAGGUGUCACCUCUCUUGUUCAGGGUUCUUAUGAAUACUAUCACUAUCUUCAGGAUGGCUUUGAUGACUCGGGCUGGGGUUGUGCCUACCGCUCUCUGCAGACUAUUAUCUCGUGGUUCAAACUUCAGCAUUAUACAGCCGUUGAUGUCCCUUCUCAUAGAGAAAUACAACAAGCACUCGUCGAAAUUGGUGACAAAGAGCCCCCUUUUGUGGGAUCCCGAGAUUGGAUUGGUGCCAUCGAGUUGAGCUUUGUCUUGGAUAAGCUUCUUGGUGUAAGUUGCAAAAUCAUGAACGUCAGAUCAGGAGCCGAGCUUCCUGAAAAGUGUAGAGAGCUGGCACUUCACUUCGAGAAUCAAGGCACACCGGUUAUGAUCGGAGGAGGUGUUCUUGCAUACACCCUGCUGGGAGUGGACUACAACGAGGGAACUGGGGACUGCGCAUUUCUGAUACUGGAUCCUCAUUACACAGGGAACGACGAGCACAAAAAGAUAGUGAAUGGGGGAUGGUGCGGUUGGAAGAAAGCUGUUGAUAGCAAAGGAAAGAAUUUCUUCUUGCACGAUAAAUUCUACAAUCUCCUGCUCCCGCAGCGCCCCAACAUGGUUUAGCUUUUCCUGAUUUUGAUUACCGGACCCGAAGUGAAGAUUUCCGUUGCUAAUUAGCGCGAUCACAUUCAGCUGCUCUGUUUUGUGGAAACUAAAUAUAGAUCUUGUUCAUGGCAGAUAUGUUUUCCCCCCUUUGUUCUUUUCAUUUUGUCUGGGUUGAAUUUGCUUUGAAUACUACUGUGGGUGGUGAAAUGGCAUCGGCUAACGAUGUAUCAUAGCUAGGGCUGUCAAAAUGGGUUUGGUGCUGUUAAGAAAACCGAUAAGCUUUUUCUAAUUGGAUACAGAAGGGAGAGGAACUUAUGUAGUACAUAUGACGAAGUGGGUUUGGUUGGUUAGCCAUCGACGAUGGCGAAUAAUAGUACAGAGCGUCGGGUCGACCGAAGUUGAAGAUGAGAAGCAUCGAGUUGCAAACGUUUGAAUGUCGGGGUAGGGGAGAAGUGAUUAUUUUAAUGCAUUUGUUUAUUUUUAUUUUUAAUCAUCAAACAAUCUAAAUUAAUUAUUUUUAUUUCAAUUAAUUGUGCGUAUCCGGCGUUCAAAUAUA